AUGAGGUUCCUCUACUUCUUUUCAACUCUUGCCCUCGCAGGCAUUGCGGCUAGACCAUUGCUAAAUACAGGUGAAUGUAGUGUUCAAGCUCUUAAUGGAGUUAAUAGAAUAUCUGCUACAUUUCGCUGCCAAGUCGCUGCUAUUGGCGCCUAUUUGUCCGAAAAGAUGGAAACGAUCAAACUUGUGCGAGCUCCUGAUACUCAUAUGUUAGGUUGUAUUGCUUAUUCCGUUCACGAUCAUAUGCAUUUGAAAAAUACUGGUAUAAUUGUACGUCGUGGUGAGUGCUCGUUUCAACAAAAAUUAGCUCAUGUAGCUGCUACGGGUGCUACUUUAAUGAUACUCAUAAACUCAGAUAAUACUCUGAUUUCUCUUAGUAGUCUAGAAUACGAGAAAAUGAACGCUGCUGCUCUGUCCAUAGCGCAUAACGAUGGAGAGAUGCUCGUUUCAAUGAUUACUGACCAAAAUGACGUUGAACUGAAGGUUGAGAAAAUGAGUUUUAUGAUGCAAGCACGUAUAAGACUUCGGUAUCUGAUGGAUAUUAAUGCUCCUGUUGUGUAUGUCGGCGAAUUUUACAAUGUUAUCGAGCAUUUCGAGCCUGUUGUGGGGACUUUAGAUGAUCUAUUGGCUUUGAUAGCAGCAGAGGAAUACAAAUUUCGAAAAGCUUUUCAAAGCAAUGUGUCAUUGACGGAAGUGAGAGAUUUCUUUUCGUCAAGUGCACAAUAUCUUUCAAAGUGGACAUUUGCGAAUGAAGCAACUCUUUAUGCUACUAUUGCAGCUGCAGUCCUCCAAAUCCAGCUUUGGAAUGAAAACUCAAUACCUAGAAGUCACAGAAAUCGUUCGCAUUUGCUUACAGCAGCUCAAUCGCUUAUGGAAUCUGGAUAUUAUUCACAUGGCGCUUCCCUGCUUCGACAAUUCGUAAAUCCUAUAGAAACUCAAACUGAUUUAUCAGUGCUGUGUUUGUUUUUGUUCCUCAAGUUUCUGCAAGGAGACUUAAUUACGGCAUUCUCUGAUGCAUCACUUUGCAAGAAUCUUAACAUUGAUCCUGGGAUAUCAAGUCUUCGAGUGGCACAAAAUACAUUUAAUCGAUUGAUUCAAUUGAAGAGAUCAAAUCAUGACAAGAUGUGCUUGAAAUUCUUGACAAGACCUGAUAAUGAUACAAAUAUAGCGCUAAUAUGCUGCGAUGCGGAAGACCCAGCACGUGCUAACACUGGAUUAAUAUCGCACCAAUUUAGUAGUCCAUUUACAAACGAACUUUUUCAUUCAUCCGUUUUAAUGGGUGUUUUCUUGGAUGAGUUGGGUUCGUUUCAACAAUCAUUGUCAUUUUUUAAAAUUGCCGCACGAAUUUGUCAAAUUCAUGAAAUUACGCUUGAGCUUCGACAACUUCUAGCAAUACCAAUUGUGUUUUCUUCGCAAGCUAAAAUGAACAACUUUUUCAUGAAUCUGCUAACUAAAGUACACACUUUCUCUCAUAAUCUUUUGCGAGAGCAAAAUACAAGAGAAAUGAUGGUCUCAUCAGUAGAUGAAGAUAUUUUUCGAGUCAUUAAGACGUACUCAAGGGUACGACCGGAAUAUGCUGCGUACCUAGAUUACACGAUUACACCUUCUACCAUGUUCAUCGGCUACCAGGGUCAAGACGUUUUGCCCUUACAAAAGGCUAUCUACAAACUACGUUCGAUCGCUUAUCCAAGUCUUUUGUCUUCAUUCGAUCCGCAUAAGAACAAUCUUGUAAGAUCGGAUUAUGAUCCUAAGCGGAGACGAGUUGCAUUUAUCUCUUCAUGGUUUCGAAGUCAUUCAGUUGGCAAAUUAUUGCUUGGCGUCAUCCAAAAUUUAGAUCGAAGCAAGUUUCAAAUUUUUAUCUAUCAUUGCGUACACUUUCUAUACGAUGCGGACGACAUGACAGCUGCAUUUAAUCGUGCGGCUGAUAUCUUUGAGAACUUACCUAGUCGUCAAGAUGCAGCAGUACAACUGCUUCGUCAAGCACAACUUGAUAUUGUAAUCUUUCCGGAAUUGGGCAUGGACGAAUGGACAGUUUUGCUGUCGCAUCAUCGAGUGGCUCCUAUUCAGUGCGUUUUCUGGGGACAUCCAAUUACAACCGGCAAUCCGCACAUCGACUACUUUAUUUCAUCAGAGCAUUUUGUCUCCAGGAAAUUUGACGAUCCAAUUGAGAAGACAACGAGCAACCAAUUGUCAGAAUACCGUCGAGCAGCUUUCUCAGAGCAGAUUGUGCUAUUUCGUGGCCUCGGCACGAUCUUUACAAAGCCUAAAUCACUUACAUUAGAAGCAAAUGCAAUAUCUCGGUCCCGGUUAUUCUUACCCACAAAUCGUCGACUUUAUGUGUGUCCGCAGACACUGAUGAAGCUUCAUCCUGCGUUCGAUGAAGCGUUGGACCGAAUACUAAAUCGCGAUCACAAGGCAACGAUUGUCUUAAUAGCGUCCGAGACGCAAUUUGUUUGGAUGGAGCAGUUGCGCCGACGAUUUCGACAGCGUUUUGGUCGGAACCACCGGCGAGUAUUGUUUCUACGUACAUUACCAUUUGACGACUAUCAAGCGUUAUUAACACAUGCAGACGUUGUAUUAGACCCGUUUCCAUUUGGAGGUGGUGUCACAACGCUGGAUGUAUUGCAUUUGGGCAUACCUGUGGUAACGCUACCAACUGCCCAAAGCAUCGUCCAUCUUGCUGCUGGGUUCUUACGCUACAUGAAUGCAUCUGAUUGUAUUGCGCAUUCACUAGAUGAAUACGUUCAGCUGGCUGUACACUUUGCAACGGAUCAUCAAGAGAUUCGACAGAGGUUAUUGCGCCAUCGCAGUGACAUUUAUCAAGAUGAUAGCACUAUUGAAGAUUGGAACAAAUUCUUAGCUACAGUUGCACCCAGGAUCGUUUAA